AUGAACCGGCAGGCGCUGGCCGAGGCCACGAGUCUGCACGACGGGCCCGUGCCCGUCUACCUCAUGGAGGAGAUCGCCAACUCGACCAAGGGUAACAACCGCGACGCGGAGAAGAUCGCCGACUACAUGCUGGGGCGCCUCAACAAGAGCAACUUAACCGUGAAGCUCAAGGCGCUGCAGAUCAUCUCGUUCUGCAUCAGGGAGGGCGCGCCCGCGUUCAGGGAGGCCAUCAGGGACGAGGAGCAGGAGAUCUCGGCCUAUCUGCAGUUUUCAGGGCCUCCGGAUCCGGUGUAUGGUGACGAGAAGUAUCGUCGUAUCCGCGUGGCGUCCCAGGAAGCUCUGGUGUGCUUGAAUGACGGUUUCUUGUCGCGUCGCAAUGAGGAGCCGCCUCAACAGCAACAGCAACAGCAGCAGCAGCCUCCUCAGGGUGGAGGCAAUAGCUGGCAGGCCCCGCAAGGAGACAACGCGCCGUCAUACAACAAUAGCAAUGGAUCUUACAAUCAGGGUGGCCAGUCGGAGCGACAGCACUCGAACGUCGGAGGAUCGUGGGGGCAGCCGCAGGCGAACUCUUCGCGACCCGCUCCGUAUCAGGAAAAUCCUUCUGGGGGCUACAAUGGACCUUCCGGCGGAGGAUACAAUGGCCCCUCGGGUAACAGCGGUUAUGGUGGCGGUAACAGUGGUUACGGUGGAGGUAACAGCGGCUACGGAGGUGGUAACAGCAGCUACGGAGGAGGCAGCAGUGGCUACGGUGGAGGCAAUAGCUAUGGACAGAACAGUGGGAACUCGGGGGGAUAUGGGUACAACCAAAGCGGCUCGCAGGGAGGGUACGGUCAGAGUUCGGCACCGCAGCAACAGCAGCAAGCUAGCGGCUUCAGCUCGUGGUCAUCCUCGUCAUCGUCUGGUCUGGCCUCGAAGAGUGCGGGCGCGGGCGUCUGGAGUAGCACAGGAUACCAAAAGAAGGACCCUGCAAUGGACAAUGAGCCGCGCUACAACCCAGCCACAAGGCGGGACAAUCGCCCCACUGUUCUUGUGGGCCACUCGUUGAACUUCCCCAAGCCCGCCGGCGGAUUUGGCUCCAGUAACACCGGUGCAACGUCAGGAUUGGGUGGGUUUAACAGCGGCACGUACAACCCGAACGCUGUUCGCGGCGCUAGUGCUGGGAACGCUUACAACCCCAACGCGAGCUCUGGAAACGCGUACAACCCUAAUGCAAGCUCCGGGAGUGCGUACAAUCCAAAUCCAAUGGGAGGCAGUGCGCGAGGUGGUUUCGGUGGCAGCUCGAGCAGUACGCCGUCCUACAUCGAUAACACGAAUCGUAUGCUGAGUGGAAGUACCCACCGAAUUGGUAGCAUGGGUCUUCCUGUGAACGGACAGCCGCUCAGCGAUGUACCGACGACUGCACUUGGCAAGAAGGCGGAAGUACUGAUGAAAAUUGGCUCGGCCGCGCUUGAAAAAUGGGAUCGCCGCAAUAUGGACAAGUCAAUGGCUUCGUCUUUAGCUGACCACGACGAACUGCGUGCUGGCCCUCAAGUAAUUGACCAUGGCCACUACCAGCCGAAUGCCCAGGGGGCCGGAGGAGGCGAUACUAGCAGGGAUUAUGAGCGCACGAUGAUUGACAACUUAUGCGCACCUGCGGGGCUCUCCCGCGCACCACCUGCAGACGGAUUGAAGCGCUUUGUGGACCUUGCGCAGACGUUGGAUGCACAGACUAUUGGUGACAUCCUGCUAGACAAGCUUGAAGACGACACCUGGCAAGUCCGCCUGAAGGGUUUGCACGUGGUGCUAGCACUGUUGGAUUCGCCAGGUGCAGUUCCGUACCAGGAAUUUUUCGAAGAAAAUGUGGAGGUCGUCGAGGAGCUCCGAAAAGAUGCCAAGCCUAGCGUAGUAUCAAAGGCACUUCAGGUUUUGCGUGCGCUUGGUUACGCCGAUGAAGCGGACCAGGCCCCUUCCCAAACGAGCAGUAAGCGCUCUGCACGGGCGCAACGUGGUAGCCCUAGUAAGAACCGAGGUCAGCAGCCUCAACAAGAAGUUGAUCUUCUGGGGUUCGGCUCUCUUAGCCUGGAGUCGUCUGCUGGACCAGCACAACCACCUGUCCAGGUUACUGCAGAUCUUCUUGGCUCCCCCGUCCGUUCGCAGCCCCCACCAGCCCCGGCACCGCCGCAAGAGAUUUCGCUUCUGGAUGGCUUCGAUAAUCUAGGAAGCUCUACCUCGUCUAACCUGUCGUACGCGCCCCAGCAGCAAGUUGCUCCACCGCAACAACAGUUUUAUCAGCAGCCUGAGCAGGAUGAGCGCAACAAGGCUCUGAGCCAUUUUGGAAAAGACCUCUUCGCGAUCGCCAACUCGCCACGCAGCGCAGCUGCUGCAGCAGGAACAGCUCCGCCUCCUGGGGGCGAUGGCACGCGCCUCAGUGGCGGGCAAUCGGCAUUCAACUUCAUGUAGAGUAUCGUGCGUGAAUGAUCUGCUUUCUGCACGAAGUGUCCAAAGUGGGUAGAACAGGAAGUAGUCACAUUCGAACGAUGAAAUGAAAACUAAAGCAUGAAAAC